AUGUUGAAUGAGGUUGGCAUCAUUGUAGUCUCUCUUCUGCUGCUGACCAUCAUACCCAAAGAGAAACUGCAUAUGGAACUUGCUAAAUUAAAAGUCAUUUGUCCCACCCAUCCCAUUGUGGCCAGGCUUGGGGAAGAUGUCACCUUAUCUUGUCAUCUCUCCGCUGAGACAAGCACAGAGCACAUAAAGGUGAAAUGGUUCCAGACCCAGUUGUCUCCUUCUGUGCUAAUGGAUCAAGAAAUGACCAGAAAAACAACAACAGAGAACAAAAGGACAUUACUGGUGACACAUGCAAUCAACAAAGGGAGAGGGACCCUGAAAAUAUUCCAUGUUGAUACAUCAGAUAAUCGACAAUAUUUGUGUCGUUUUGAGCAAAAUGGCAUCCACCGGGAAGCCAGUUUGGAGCUGAGAGUAGCAGGUUUGGGCUCAACCCCUCAAAUCCACCUGAAAGGAAAUGAAGAUGGAAGCAUUCAGCUGGUGUGUACUUCAGAGGGAUGGUUUCCACAGCCCCUGGUGUGGUGGAGAAAGGUUGGGGGAGAGAAUUUGUCUGCCCUCUCUGUGGUCCAGAUACAAAGCGCCAAUGGUCUAUUCCAUGUGGAGGCAUCUGUGGUGGCCAGAAAUCACUCCAUGGGGAAUGUGAUCUGUUCCAUCUACAAUCCUUUGCUUGGCCAGGAGAUAUCUGCUUUCUACAUUCUAGAGCCACCACCACUGGAGAUGACCUCUUCCUGGAAGAGCCUGCUCAUCCUGGGGCUCUUCCUACUCAUUGCAACUAUGGCUCUUACAUGGAACAAGUACUAUAGAAAAGUGAACAGUACCACUCUGGACUCAGAAACAGCUAAUCCUGAACUCAUCUUUUCUGAAAAGGGGAGGUGUGUGACUCGUGGAAACAUAAGACAGAAUCUGCCUGACAACCUACAGAGAUUUAAGUCCCUUCCAAGUGUUUUGGGCCAGGAGAAAAUCACUUCUGGGAGACAUUACUGGGAGGUGGAGGCUGGGCCUGGGUCUGGGUGGUUCCUGGGCAUCUGCAGAGAAGAUGUGAGUAGGAAGGGAGGUAUUUGAGUGAUACCUGAGAAUGGUUUCUGGGUCAUGGGCUGCUAUGGGAAUGAGUACUGGGCCAUCACAUCACCUCCUACGCUUCUCUCCCUCAGGGUAUCCCCCCACAGGAUUGGUGUUUUUCUAGACUACCACCUUGGAUGCCUUUCCUUUCAAAAUGUGGUGGAUGGGUCCCACAUCCACACGUUCCAAGCCACUUCCUUCUCUGGUACCCUACGUCCCUUCUUCCUCUUGUGGUCUCCUGAUUGUAAAGAUCCUUCAGGAAUGUUGCAUAGAUUGGGGGAAGCCAAGAGAAACACUGGCCAUGCUUCAUCUUUGAGGAAUGCUGUGACUCAAGAGACAUUACCCUUGGCUACUGGGGAUCAAGACUCACACUCGACUUCCAGCUUCCUCUUAUCUCCUAAACCAACACCUCGACAGAGUAUAUGGGGACCAAAAAGAUACUUGGUUAGGAACCCUGGAACCUUUCUCCGGAUUCCUGUGGGUACCUCAGCUAUACCUUCUCAGAAGACCCUUUCAGCCUAG